UUGUUUCUGCAAAAAGCCAAAAGCAGAAGAAGAAGAAGACGAAGAAGAAGAAGUUUCAGAGCUCUCUCUCUCCGAUUAUGUAAAAUCCUUCUCUCAUAAAUCUCUGAAAACUCUUCGAUAAUUCUGCUUCCGCUCUUCUAAUCUCCAAACUACAGCGACAAUGCCUCUACUAUGCCGUUCUUCUCUUUCACUGUUUCAUCUCUUUCCACUGCUGCUACUGCUUAUGCUUCCGUCGCUCUGUUCCGCCGCUGAUCCCUACAUCUUUUACGAAUUUCGCGUCUCUUACAUUACUGCCUCUCCCUUGGGCGUUCCUCAACAGGUUAUAGCCGUGAAUGGACAGUUUCCUGGUCCUCGAGUCAAUGCUACCACAAAUUACAACGUUGCUGUCAAUGUGUGGAAUGAUUUGGAUGAGAAUCUAUUAUUGACUUGGUCUGGGAUUCAAAUGCGGCGCAAUUCGUGGCAAGAUGGUGUUCUUGGCACGAACUGUCCAAUUCCUCCAAAGUGGAACUGGACAUACCAGUUUCAAGUGAAGGAUCAGAUUGGAAGUUUCUAUUACUUUCCAUCUCUCAAUUUUCAAAAAGCAGCUGGUGGUUUUGGUCCAUUUGUUAUUAACAACAGGGAGAUUAUCCCAAUUCCUUUUGCCCAACCUGAUGGAGAUAUUUUCAUUAUGAUUGGUGAUUGGUAUGCACGCAACCACACGGCACUCAGGGCAGAUCUGGAUGCUGGAAAGGAUCUUGGAAUUCCAGAUGGAGUUCUCAUGAAUGGCAAGGGGCCUUACCAGUACAACAAAACUCUUGUGCCCGCCGGCAUACAAUAUGAAACCAUUCAAGUUCAUCCAGGCAAAACUUAUCGACUUCGAGUGCACAAUGUUGGGAUCUCUACCAGUUUGAAUUUUCGAAUCCAGGGUCAUAAUAUGCUUCUGGUAGAAACAGAGGGACAUUAUACGGUGAUGCAAAAUUACACAGACUUCGAUAUUCAUGUUGGGCAGUCCUACUCUUUUUUGGUAACCAUGGACCAGAAUGCCAGUACCGAUUACUACAUUGUUGCAAGUGCUAGGUUUGUAAACGCAUCACUUUGGGAAAAAGUUACUGGUGUUGCCAUUUUACACUAUUCCAAUUCUAAAGGACCAGCAACUGGUCCACUCCCAGAUCCUCCAAAUGAUUUUUAUGACAGGGAGAGGUCAAUGAACCAGGCCAGGAGUGUAAGGCAAAAUGUAUCUGCUAGUGGCGCCCGUCCCAAUCCGCAGGGAUCAUUUCAUUACGGUCAAAUAAAUGUCACGCAGACAUAUUUGUUGAAGGGUGAACCAUUGGUGACAAUCAACAGAACAGCUCGGGCAACCUUCAAUGGUAUCUCGUUUGUUCCUCCAAAAACACCAAUCAGGCUAGCUGACCAACAUAAAGUUAAGGGAGCGUAUAAGCUUGAUUUUCCAGAGAGGCCAUUGAACAGAACUCCACGAGCCGAUAUAUCUAUUAUAAAUGCAACGUAUAAAGGCUUUAUUGAAGUGAUAUUUCAGAACAACGAUACCAUCAUCCACAGUAUACAUAUGAAUGGCUAUUCAUUUUUUGUAGCAGGCAUGGGUUAUGGUGAUUGGUCAGAAGACAAAAGAGGUAGCUACAAUAAGUGGGAUGCUAUUGCUCGAUGCACGACGCAGGUCUACCCCGGGGCUUGGACAGCAGUUCUUAUUUCUCUUGACAAUGUUGGAUCUUGGAAUCUUAGAGCAGAAAAUCUAGACCGAUGGUAUUUAGGUCAAGAAACAUAUUUGAGAAUUGUCAACCCGGAGGAGAAUGGGAAAACCGAGAUGGCUCCUCCUUCGAACGUUCUAUACUGCGGUGCAUUGCAGAAUUUGCAGAAAGAACAGAAACACAACAAUGCUGAUUCAAUCUUCAAGGGACACUCAAAACUCUUCAUCUCUCUUCUGAUGGCAUUCCUUCAUAUUGUUUUCAUUUGUAGCUAAACACACCUGAUUGAUGAGGCAUAUUCAUUACUUCCCAUCAGACACUAGAGUGGUCGUUUUUCGGGCCCAUCACUGGUGAGUUGUCGUGUUUCGUUUCGGGUUUGUGUCAUUUGUAUGUACGCGCAUAUACACAGCCAGUUAGGUGUGAAUGAGUCAUUUUCAUAGAGAGAUUGGUCUAAAUGACAAUUUUUUCGUGCCCCCUUCUCUUACUCAGUGAUUGUAAUUUGAAUAGUGUUCUAAUGCAGCAAAAAUUUGCAGUCAUGAUUCUUGAGAAUUCCUUCUCACCAUCCUUUUUUGACAUAAUCUGAUAUAUUUUAAUGAAAUU